UUAUCCAAACUCGUGUAUUAAGCCGGGAACACACUUACCCGUUGCUAUGUCAUGCGUCGCUACUCGAUGCUUCCCUGAUCUCUUUCUGGUGAUAUCCUGAUUCAUCCUUCAUUCGAUAUAUCGAUAUAUUGUUGCCAUCCCUAUUCGUGAUUGCUGAGUGUCUGUUUUCUUACAAAGAAAUUACGGACGGAAUUUGUGAUGGAGAGAACGUGCUAAAAAUCGUCGGGUUUUCGAAUAAGUUGGGUUAACAAUUGAUGAGGAGAAUCGUCCCUUCGUUCUUCCAACAUCGUAGCAUGUCUAAGAAAAACAAGGAAAAGCCUGAAUGCAAAACUCCGAAGCAAGUUGAUUUGGACAAAAACGGCCACAUCAGGAUCAGAGUGUCGGCGAGGCCCGGGUGCAAGACGAGUGCAGUCGUCGGAUUCGAAGAUGAAGGCGUCCUCGUGCAAAUCGGAGCGCCGCCCGUCGACGGCGAAGCCAAUUCUGAGCUGAUCAAGUUCAUGGCCCAGUUCCUCGGACUUAGAAAAAGCUCCGUCACACUCGGAACCGGUCACAAAUCCAAGAACAAAGUCCUUCUCAUAUCCGAUUCACAAUUGACGGUGGAUCAGGUCAUAGCAAAACUCAAAACAGCUUCCAACGAUUAGAAAUCAUCCACCGAUACGGGGCUCGACCCAACAAUUAUAUUUUACAUGGGUACCAACCGUUCGCAUGACUUGGAUCCGACCGAUGCAAAUUUUGUAGACGUUAUUCACACUGGAGCUGGAAUUUUAGGGCAGUGGGGACCAAACGGACACGCAGACUUUUAUGUAAACGGUGGAACGAGUCAGCCCGGGUGCUUAAGCACAAGCAUAAUCA